AAGAACCUUUUCUUCUUCCCUCUUCCACUCUUCACUCAUUCCGCUCCCUGCUCUCCAAACACUGCCGGAGACUCACCCCGAUAUUUGUGACUCCGCUCCCCUGAGACCCAAGCACCUCCAUCCUUCGCUGGACACUCACAAACAUGUCUAUAAUCCAAAGAAAUUAUCAAGAUCAUCGUGCAACUAUUGAAGGAUUUUGUUCGUGAUAGAUUCAUCAUCCAAAGAUAUUACUCCUAACAUGGAGCAAAGAAUACAUACUCUAAAUCGACAUAUUCCAUUUAUUACUCUAAAACAAGAAAAGGUUUUAGAAACCAAAUUAACAACUUAUGGUGGAAAAAAAGAAAAGAAGAUGCCCCCGAGAAUUAAGUUUUUGUUCCAUUGAAUCUCAAAUAAGAGUGUUGUGUUGGGUGAUUAUGAAACUGCUUUAUCAAAUUACCUCCUUCUAUCCAUUGAUGACAAAGCAUGUCUGUUCUAAAACCUGUGUCUAUUUAUUAUCUUGAUGGGAUUAACAUGCUUGAUGUUGAAUCAAUCAAAAAAAGAUGUUGAAAACACCUUCAGCAUCUAUUUAUUACACCUGGACACCAGGGAAGGGAAAUGUUAAAAAGAGGGGCUGAAAUGUUAAAAGCAAGUGGUCAUUAUAAAAGAGAGGGGCUACUUUCGUAUCUCUGGGACCAGAAAUGUUACAUGUCAAAUUCAUCAGGGACCAAAAGUGUAUUUUACUCUUCUUUCUGUUUUUAAAGGAAUAACAUGGAGUCAUAUACGGGAUCAUGUCCAUUUUUAUACAGGACAGUGGUAUGCUUUUGUUUGAAGGGUUGAUGUAGGAAAGUGUGGCUUGUAGUCAUCCAACGAAAGAAGUUGAUGAAUUCAUACUCUGAUAGACACGACACGAGGAAAACUCCUGAGGAGAUUCCAUUCAUUACUCUUCAACAAGAAAAAGCUUUAGAAACCAAAUAAAGAACUUAUGGUGGAGAAAAGGAAAACAAGAUGCCCCUGAGAAUCAAGGUGUACAAGUAGCUAUAGCUAUGAGUGUAUGACCCAUUUUGUGUAUUUCCAGAAAUACCCCUCUGUUCCUAAAAGAAAAGGUUUUAGAAACCAAAUAAAAAACUUAUGGUGGAGAAUUGGAAAAGAAGAUGCCCCCGAGAAUUAAAGUGGAAUUGGGACAUCAGGGAAGGGAAAUGUUAAAAAGAGGGGCUGAAAUGUUAAAAGCAAGUCGUUAAUGUAAAGAGGGGCUGGUGUUUACUUUUGUAUCUUUGGAUGUGAUGCUUUUUUUUUUGUUACCUUUUAGCCAAACCAAUUAUAUUAAUAAGGAUUUCAGAGAUUGAAAUUUGAUUUUUGGGGCGUAAGGUCAAAUGCUUAAAUCUUAAUCAAAUGAGCAUACUUCCAAGAAGUGUUGUGAUUUUUUGUGGGCUUGUUUAUGUCAUCACCUUUCUUCCUAUUUCCAAGAUUCCAAGAUUAAAGAACACAAUUUCUUUGUUAGGUCAAAACAGAGAAAUGUUUAGAGCUUGCAUCAAACCAGUAGAAGGGACUUUCUCCCCCACUUCUGCUGGUACUACACAAGUUCAAAUUGCAUCAGAUGUUGGACAACCAGAUGUUGAGAUUCCAUUCAUUAUUCUGCAACAAGAAAAGGUUUUAGAAACCAAAUAA